UUUUUUUGCCCUUUUUAAAUCUCCAAAACCCCAUUUCUUUCGGCCUUCAACCACCGCCUUCAAUUCCUCAGCCGCCGCCGCCGUCGAUGGAGAAUUAUUCCUUCAAUUCGUACCCCGAGUCCGGCGACUCCUCGCCGCGGUCGCGCGAGAUCGAUUUCGAGAAUCCGACGCCGUGGGAGGAUUCGCAGCCGCCGCCGCCGAAUUACAGGGUCAAAUUUAUGUGUAGCUACGGAGGCAAAAUCCACCCGCGGCCGCACGACAACCAAUUGUCGUACAUCGGAGGGGAGACCAAAAUCCUCGCCGUGGAUCGGGGCGUCAGAUUCGGUUCGCUCCUCUCGAAGCUGAUCGCGAUGUGCGAUAAUGAGAACAUCUCGUUCAAAUACCAGCUUCCCGGCGAAGAUCUGGACGCGUUGAUUUCGGUGACGAACGACGACGAUUUGGAGCACAUGAUGCACGAGUACGAGCGGUUGUACAGGGCUUCCCCCAAGCCGGCGAGGCUCAGGAUUUUCAUCUUCCCGAACCUGAACCAGAGCCUCAAUUCCUCGGCUCGGAGCUUCGGUUCGGAUGACGCCAAGUCGGAGAAGGAGAGGUUUGUCGAAGCGUUGAAUUCCGCGCCUAUUAUGACUCCGCCGCCGCCGACGGCGGCGUCCGUUGCGGUGGCGCCACCGCCGCAGCUCCCGGCGGGUAACGCUGAUUUCUUAUUUGGAUUGGAGAAGGCACACGGAGUGGCGGCGCAGCCUCCCCUACAGGUGGAGGAUCCGGUGAUUGUCGCUGGUUCGGACGAGAGAUUCAUGGGGUUAGAUCCGAUCCAGAAGCACAUCCAGGAUCUGCAGAGGCUUAGGAUCGAGGAGCAACAGGCGAUCUACCAAAGGAAAAGCGACGACAAUCUCGCCGGCGGAGGAUUCGCCGGCGGAGAAUAUUACAACAAGCCGCAGGAGAGAGUCUCUCCGGUGACAGUGCAAGGCGGCGUCGGCGUUCCCUACUGGUCGGAUAAGCAGGUUCAAGGCGGAGGAGCUUACCCUGCAACCACUACCACCACCGUAACAAACGACCAGCAGCAGCCGGUUUACAUGAUUCAAGCUCCGGCAGGCGCUUACCACCCGCAGAUGGUACGGCCGAUGACCGGAGCACCGACUCAGGGGUACUACACAGUUCAGAGGCUACCGUCGGAUAUCUACCGAGACCAACAACAGCAGCAGCAGAUGUACAACAUGAUGCAACAGCAAGGGAUGCCGUCGAUGGCGGCGGCGCCGCCACAGACUAUGCCGCCGCAGAAGGCGGCAGGAUAUUCCGACGGUUUCGGAAUGAUAAGACCGGCAACUACAGGAGGGUUAGGGAUGAUGGCAGAACCUACUUACGCGCAGGUGGUGUACGAUGGAGGUAUGGGGAGACAGGUGGUCUACGCUGCACCACCUGGCGGCGUAAUGGGCGGCGGCGCACCGCCGGCUCAGUACCAAGCCAUGGCCGGUGAUAUGCGACCGGUUGGAGCAUUGAACCCGGAAGCAGGGGGUAAGGGUGUCGUUAAGGUUACGCAAGCUUCUGUGUGAUUAUAUGCUUAAUUAUUAAUUAUCAUGUUAAUUACAAUUAUCGUAUACAAUAAAAAAAAGUUAAGUCUGUUUCAGAAAUAAUUGGGGUGCUUUAUAUUAAUUGUUGAAUGAAUCUUUUUUUGUUUAAAUCUUGUUGCACGUAUAUUGUACAUUGAGUGAGAUCAAAAGAUUAUUCGUUGUUUUAAUUUAGGAUAAAUAAACAAAAUUGCAUGA